CCCACCACCACCUUUCUCUCUCUCACUUAGCCGUCGCCCGUAAAGGUCAUAUUUCUGACCUUUUUUUCUCUUCUCAAGUUAGCUAUAUAUAUAUAUAUGUAAAUAUGGCAUUACUAAAUUUGUUUCCUUUAGCUUGUCCGUAACACUCUGCGCAAUGGUUUAGUUUUCUUUACUUGAUUAGGGUAAUUUGGAAAAUGAGACUUGGGUGGAUUGCUUCUUCCAGUUGUACAACUCCAAGAACACUUGAGUUUGGUGCCUUUGUUUGUCAAGAGCAACGUGGUUCUCGAGGAGCCAUGGCGGCUGCAAGGUUCUGGCAAGAGUCUAAGAAUCGGUCCCAACGAUUACCAGAGCCUGCUUCUCCAUUCUCUAGGAGUACUGCGAUGAGAGCUUUUGCCCCAUCAAAGCUCAUUACUCCGAAGAAGUUAUCCAUUGAGAGUCCUGUAUUAUCUCCUCGAGGAGUACUUAGCAGUAGUAGGCGAAAGACUUCUCCGAUUAAAGGGAUUUGUCGUCCUGCGUCACCGAGUAAAGCUUCCAUGUCUGUUGUGUCAUCCACGUUGAGGGGAACGAGCCCAUUGCAGAUCAGGAAUUUAGUUCCAGGUACGAUGAGUAAUAAAAACGCACCAUCGAUUUUAAGUUUUGCGGUCGAUAUUCAAAGAGGGAAAGCAGGAGAAAACAGACCUUCUCACUUUUUAAGGCUCUUAUAUAAUCGUCUCUUGCAAUGGCGAUUCAUAAAUGCUAGAGUUGAUGCUUCUCUUUCGGCACAGAGGUUGAAUGCAGAGAGAAGCAUUUUUAAUGCAUGGGUCACAACAGAACAACUCCGUGAAUCUGUUAGAACUAAAAGAAUCGAAUUACAAUUGAUGAGGCAAACUCUGAAACUUAUUUCCAUCCUAAAGGAGCAAGAUUAUUGCAGAUGGUAUAUUUGGAAGAGUGGUCGGUUCUAGAUUGGGACUAUACUUGUUCAUUGUCUGGGGCCUUUGAAGCUUUGAAGGCUAGCACUCUCCGUCUUCUAGUUGUUGCAGGGGCAAGGGUAUAUGUGACAGACUUUUCCUUGAAUUGUUUCUCAUUGUCACCCUGCUACACCCCGUUUUUAUCAUCAGUUCAUUUGCCCAGAAGUUUGACAUAGUUAAAGCUUUCAUUAUCGCUUGCUGCAGGCCGAUGUACAAAAUGUGAAGGACGCUAUUUGCUCAGCAGUUGAUGUGAUGCAAGCCAUGGCAUCCUCAAUAUGCUUAUUAACCUCAAAGGUGGUUUUUUCUGUAUAGUUGCUUUAGCUCAUGUCAUGUUUGUAUCUUCCUACUUGUAGUUACCUAAAAUAUCAUUAUCAAAAUUCAAUAGUAACUUUUUUUUUUUUUGAGUUGCCAUUGGAAUGGUAUAGGUAUUUUCUAUUCCUUUGAUUGGUUAGCAAUUUUAAAGACCCGAAAAUUCUGCAGUUUUAGUAGAAAAUAUGAUGGAUUUGUUUCAAAUUUUCUGGUUGAUAGGAUGGCGAAGUGAAUUCCUUGGUGGGCGAAGUUUCAACAGUAACAGCAAAGGAGCGUGCUCUGCUUGGUCAUUGCAAAGAUUUAUUAUCAACAGUUGCAGCUUUGCAGGUAAGUGAUAGUAUAUACAAUUGCAUUAUUAUAAUCACGGUUUUAGUCCCAAACUUUGGGAGUUAAAAUUACUAAAAACUAAUCAUUGUUGUAGCAUAGUAUGUUAAAAAAUGUUCUUAAUCGUUUUCUCUAAUUCCCCAAUUUAUAAAUAUAUAGACAAAUAUUAGCAGAGGAUGAUCGUCAAAACUAAAAUAAUUUCUUAAGAUACAGGCACCAUCGUACUAGUACCUAAUAAUUUAAGAGGUUAAUACUAUUAUACUUUGUUUACCUUUGAGAGAUUACUUUUUAAUCUGCAAUUUUCAUGGAUGGUAUUAAUAGCUUGCAUGUGUUUCUUUUUGCACCCAACACUAUUGCAUCUUUACAUUAUGAAAUAAAAGUCUUAAUUGUUUGUCUUUGUAAAGGAUUAUUGGAGAUGGUAUAUUUGGAAGAGUGGUCGGUUCUAGAUUGGGACUAUACUUGUUCAUUGUCUGGGGCCUUUGAAGCUUUGAAGGCUAGCACUCUCCGUCUUCUAGUUGUUGCAGGGGCAAGGGUAUAUGUGACAGACUUUUCCUUGAAUUGUUUCUCA